GAGUGACGCAGCUCAUCACACUCUCCAACGAGAGAAGAAAUGUCGCAGGACCCGGAACUGUCCGCGGAUUGCUCCAGGCAGUGGCCAAAAUGAUGUCUGAAGAAAGUGAGCCCAUGAGGCACAUUGAUCUUGGGUCUCCUUCUCUGGAACAACCAGCAGCUGGUCACUGGUUCCCUGGCCCUCCCCCGCCCGUCUACUCCUGUACUCUGACUCCUGAGCUGGUGGCCAAGGCCCGGGAGGAACUACAGGAGAAGCCAGAGUGGAGGCUGAGAGACGCGCAGGCCCUGAGGGACAUGGUGCUGAAGGAGCAGCCUAACCUCCGGACCAGGCUGGACGAUGCCUUUCUCCUGCGCUUCCUACGGGCCAGGAAGUUUGACUAUGACCGUGCCAUGCAGCUGCUCCUCAACUACCACACCAGCCGGCGGGCCUGGCCCGAGGUCUUCCAGGACCUGAAGCCCUCCACAGUCAAACAUGUGUUAGACCUGGGCUUCCUGACUGUUCUGCCCCAUCCAGACCAUAAUGGAUGCUACAUCCUCUGUCUCAGACCUGGAAAAUGGAAAGCAAAUGAUUAUCCAUUUGAGGACAACAUCCGGGCCAUUUACCUGACUCUGGAGAAGCUGAUUCAGCCAGAGGAGACUCAGGUGAAUGGGAUCGUCAUCUUAGCAGACUACACUGGGGUGGGCUUGUCCCAGGCAUCCAAUCCGGGCCCAUUCCUGGCCAAGAAGGUUGUCAGCAUCCUUCAGGAUAGCUUCCCAAUAAGAAUCAAGGCUGUUAACAUCAUAAAUGAGCCCCGGAUUUUCAAAGGGAUCUUUGCAAUAAUUAAGCCUUUUCUGAAGGAGAAGAUGGCAGAGAGGUACGUUCUCCACGGGUCAGACCUGCGCUCUCUGCACCGCAACAUUCCUCGAUCCGUCCUGCCAGAGGAGUAUGGUGGUGAGGCCAUACACCUUGACAUGUCAGCCUGGUCAAAGACAUUACUGGACUCUGAGGAGGAGUUUAUAGUGGAGUUCUGCCAGCCAGAUCCUCUAGAGGGCGUAGUCCUCCCAGACUCCAUGCUGUUUGAAGGGGAGCAGCCUGGUGGUGGUGCCAGGGAUGACGACACCUUCAGGGGGCUACGCUCUCAGCUCUACUACUGUUACUGAUAAUGACCACCACCACCUCUCGCUACUAUGAAGACACUAGCCUGGUCCCAGAUGUGUUUGUGCUGUCUUGCCAACGCCUAUGGUCAUUGAUGUGACAUUGACCAUAGUUGGUAAAACAGAAAACUAGAUCUGGGACCAGACUGAGGACACCACUGUUUAUUUUUCCCACUAAUUGUUAUUUUGACCAAUCACAUCAGAUAUUUUUUUGAUCUGAUUGUUUUUCACUAAUUGGUCUUUUGACCAAUCAGAAUAAGGCUGCCUGUAUAAACGCAGCAACAGUUAUUUAGUAGAAAUCACUACAGGAAGAGCUAAAGAGAUGUCUGGGCCCAUAUUCAAAAAGUGUCUCAGAGUAGGAGUGCUGAUAUAGCAUCGGUUUUUACCUUUGAGAUCAAAAUGAAUAUGGGGCCUACUACACUCCACAUGGCCAAGCAUAAGGCAGCUUUAGGUUCUGGUAAGGAAGCGUUACAGGAGCUGCUAAUUCAUUUUUACUUAUUUAGUAGUUUGUGCCUCUUGGUUUUAAAACGGCUCUGAUUUCCAUUGUAAGAUUUAUUUCCUAUAGAGGAAGACGUUCAACUGUGCCCAUUUGAAAUGCCACUUCCACUUUCUCCUUAAUUUCUCAGAAUACACGUACUGAGGCUCUUCAUCUGCAUGGUGAUAUUCAACACUAUGUAGUUACAGAAUACACGUACUGAGGCUCUUCAUCUGCAUGGUGAUAUUCAACACUAUGUAGUUACAGAAUACACGUACUGAGGCUCUUCAUCUGCAUGGUGAUAUUCAACACUAUGUAGUUACAGAAUACACCUACUGAGGCUCUUCAUCUGCAUGGUGAUAUUCAAACACCAUGUAGUUACAGGACACAUACUUUGCCUUAAUCUAUUUUUGAUAAUGAUAGAUAUGCAAGGGGUUAUGAAUGGGGUUUAAUUUGUAUGUAAUCAUACAAGUAUGCCAAUUUUAUCCAAAGCAACGUACAGUGCAGUGAGUGGAUAGCGUACAAUUGUAGCAUGUAUAUGUAAUUCCUGCAGGAAUUGAAACCCAUGAACUUGCCGUUGCUGGCGCCACGCUCUUCCUGAACCACUCAAGACCUGUAAUGUCUGCGUUACUUAGCGCCGAAGCCUACAGUGUACCUACAUGGUAGUGUACCUACACUACCGUUCAAAAGUUUGAGGUCACUUUGAAAUGUUUUUGAAAGAAAAACACUUUUUGUCCAUUAAAAUAAUAUCAAAUUGAUCAGAAAUACAGUGUAGACAGUGUUGUAAAUGACUAUUGUAGCUGGCCCAUUAUCAGCAACCAUCACUCCUGUGUUCUAAUGGCACGUUGUGUUAGCUAAUCCAAGUUUAUCAUUUUAAAAGGCUAAUUGAUCUUUAGAAAACCCUUUUGCAAUUAUGCUAGCACAGCUGAAAACUGUUCUGAUUAAAGAAGCAAUAAAACUGGCCUGUAGACUGGUUGAGUAUCUGGAGCAUCAGCAUUUGUGGGUUCAAUUACAGGCUCAAAAUGGCCAGUAACGAAGACUUUAUUCUGAAACUCGUCAGUCUA